GCAGAGUAAGCUCCAUGUGUCCUAAGAGGCGGCCGGCCAGCUAAAGAUCUACCCGUGCCUCUCCCAUCGAGCUCACGCGCCGGCUUGUCUGUCGCCUGCUUCCACUUGUCUCCCCCUCUUGCCACUUGUUUCCCGAGGGGAGAUGCUUUUCGGUUUCUUUUGGUUUUGAGCGGAUACAGCCCUCCUGCCUUUUAGCCCUGCGUCCUCGGCCGGAAUCGACCAACGCGUGCAACCCCUCGAGGCGAUUUCCCUGGUGCGGUCCACGCUCCACGGUCCACGGCCCGGCAACAAGCACAUAGCUUUAAUCUGUCCCAUUGACUAUUCGGCCUGCCUCCGAACCCAUCCGUAAUCAUGAGCCACGAUGCGCCCAUCCCCCAGAUCCUGGAGCCCUCGGUCUCACCCGCGCCGUCCAGACCAACCACCCCCUCGUUCCGUCGGGCGCAACACCACUCCCCUCGCAUGCAGUACCGCAGUCGCCCAGUGUCGGUCGCGGUAGACCCAGUCUCCCUCGUCAUAGCCGAGUGUAUAGCGAUUACCUCUGCGAUCCAAAAACAUGCCCGGUCUCCUCAUUCCUCGGUGGCUGCCAUCCUGGGUGGUGGCCCCAGUCCCGUGCAGCUGGGGCCUUCGAAUUCCGUGUCCUUGGGCAAGUCCAGGGGCAAGAGCUCGGCCGCAAACAUCAUGGGUGACGGCACGGCCGAUCUGGUGCGAUGGGGCCUACGUGGGAAGAAGGGGAAGAGCAUGCAAGACAAUCCGUUGAUAUCGGGCUUCGGGAGGUUGCGGCAUGAGUUGACCGGCGUCCGGGACAUACACAACUUCGACGCCUUGACGAUGCUGUACCCCUUCUUACAGAUCAUCCAGACAAAAGGAACUGCUGCUCCAGUCACGAUCCUUGCAUUGAGGGCGAUACGGAAGUUCCUCGCGUACGGCUUCAUCUCCCCCGAGUCGCCUCGCUUUGCCGUGGCAAUGCAGUCUUUGUCGGCCGCCAUCACGCACUGUCAGUUUGACAUAAGUGACGCCCCGCAGGAGGAGGUGGUCUUGUUGAUGAUUCUGCAUCUGAUGGAGGACAUGCUGUCGGGGCCAGGCGGCGAUAUACUCAGCGACGAAAGUGUAUGCGACAUGAUGGGUCGUGGCCUCACAAUCUGCUCGCGGCCGAGAUUCUCCGAGGUUUUGAGACAGACGGCAGAGGCCUCCAUGGUACGCAUGUGCCAGAUCAUAUUCGAAGAUCUCAAACACCUCGAGGAAGAGGCUGGGGAGGAGGUAGACGCACUGGACAAGAAGACGAAUGGCGAUAUGGACACGGUGAACAUGGACCCUUCGGCAAACGGCACCGAUAUUCCAGCGAUAGCUGCGCCUACUUCCUCACCAGAACCCAACCGUGCAGAGCCCCGGUCUUCUGAGUCUGGAAGUGCGCCGUCGACGGGCACCGGAGAAGCAGACCAGGCCACUCUGGCAUCCGAGGCUGGAACAGCGGACUCGCUCGACUUGCGACCGUACUCUUUACCGUCAGUUCGCGAACUGUUCAGAGUUCUGGUCAACUUCCUGGACCCCCAUGACCGCAGGCAUCCCGAUACCAUGCGAGUAAUGGCGUUGCGGAUAAUACAUGUAGCCCUCGAGGUGGCCGGGCCCUCGAUCGCCAAACACCCAGCCCUUGCCUCCAUCGCCGAGGACCGCCUCUGCUGCUACUUAUUCCAGUUGGUGCGGUCUGACAACAUGCUCAUCUUACAAGAGUCCCUGCUUGUCACCGGAACGCUGCUAUCAACAUGUAGGGGGGUCUUGAAGCUGCAGCAGGAAAAGUUUCUGUCCUACUUGGUGGCGUGCCUUCACCUAUCUCUUGAGAUACCUCGAGAGGUUGGAAUCGACCCGUCGCUAUAUUCUGGCAUACCCCAAGCCCCUAAGCUGGUGAAGCCCCCUCCUUCGCAAACGAGUAGUGGCCGUUCAACCCCAGUUCCGAUCAAGGACAGGCAGAAGCUGGGAUUGGAAGGUGGUGCGCGGAAGCCAGAUGCGAGGCAGGCAAUGGUGGAAAAUAUCUGCGUACUUGCCAGGAUGCCUACCUUCAUGGUAGAGCUGUUCAUCAAUUAUGACUGCGAUCCAAAUUCGGCAGACUUGUGCGAGGACAUGGUUGGGAUGCUAUCUCGCAACGCACUACCGGAUUCCGCCACAUGGAGCACAACCAGCGUGCCGCCACUGUGCCUGGAUGCAUUGUUGAGAUUCAUCUCGUUCAUUGCAGACAGGCUCGACCAACCGGCUCGAACAGAAGGCUUUGUUGACGCAGCAGAUCUCAGGGAAUCUCGUCGGAAGAAGAAACUGAUCAUCAAAGGUACAAGCAAGUUCAACGAAUCCCCCCGGGGAGGUCUGGCAUUUCUAGCAGACAAGGGUAUCAUCAAAUCUGCGACGGAACCGGAGGAGGUUGCUCGGUUUCUGAGGUCAACUACACUCGUGUCGAAGAAGGUUCUGGGAGAGUACCUUUCUAAGAGAGGGAAUGAGGCGAUCCUCGAUGCCUUUAUAAACUCUUUUGACUUCGAAAACAAGCGUGUGGAUGAAGCACUGAGAUCGAUGCUCGAGUCGUUCCGACUACCAGGCGAAGCUCCUCUGAUUGAGAGGAUAGUGACCUCAUUCGCAGAGAAGUAUUGUGCCAACUCGAUCCCCGAGGAUGUAGCAGAUAAGGAUGCUGUCUAUGUUCUCACCUACGCCAUCAUCAUGCUCAACACUGACCAACACAAUCCCAAUCUCAAAUCUGCGAAUCGCAUGACCGUGGAAGACUUUGCACGCAACUUACGUGGCGUGAAUGGGGGAAAGAAUUUCGCCAUCGAGUACUUGCAAGCGAUUUUCGACGCCAUCAAAACGAAUGAGAUCGUUUUGCCUGACGAGCAUGACAACAAGCAUGCGUUUGACUAUGCCUGGAGGGAGCUGCUUUUGAAGACGGAAGCAGCAGGCCCUCUGAUAAUCUGCGACACCAAUAUCUACGACGCCGAUAUGUUUGCCGCAACCUGGAAGCCAAUCGUUUCUACGCUAUCUUACGUCUUCAUGUCUGCUACUGACGACACGGUCUUCGCAAGAGUUGUAUCAGGCUUCGAUGAGUGUGCCCGCAUCGCCUCCAAGUACAACGUCACAGAAGCCCUCGAUCAGAUCAUUUACUCGUUGAGUCUUAUGACCACUCUGACACACGAGUCAAGCUCGAAUACGAGCUUGAACACGGAAGUCCAAGUCGAUGAGAAAAAGGUCAUGGUCAGUGAACUCGCAGUCAAGAUAGGACGCGACUUUAGGACUCAACUUGCAUUGCUCGUCCUAUUCCGCGUUGUCACGUCUAAGGAGCAUAUCAUCCGGAAAGGCUGGAAAGACAUCAUCCGAAUCUGGCUGAAUCUUUUCGCAAACUCACUUGUCGGCUUUCCUAGCGAUCGAGAGCGGCUAGCGAUAGCACCAAUCCCACUGCGAAGUCCGUCGCAAGUAAUCGACCGUGCCGCAAAGCAAAAUGACACGGGCCUACUUCAAGCCUUCUCGAACUUCCUGCAGAGUUACGCUGCUGAUGAUCCGCCUGAGCCGUCUGAAGAGGAACUGGACAGCACGCUCAGCACAGUUGAGUGUAUCAACCAGUGUCAGAUUGGAGACAUUUUCUCACAUCUUUCAAACCUUCCGGACGACAGCCUCGAGGCCUUGGUCGAUGCGUUGCUGGACCAAAUCCCAGAGGACAGCGGGUCUGGAGUGGUCAUCACGGUCAAAUCGGACAACGUCCCCCCUCAUUCUCCUGCCCUGGCCCAAAAGCCCCGGAACAACGUUUCGUAUGAUCCUUCGCUUGUCUACAUACUGGAACUGAGCACGACCCUCGCUCUUCGGGACGACCACACCGUUCAGUUACUGGGUAAGCGUGUGGUUGAUGCAUUGCAAGCUAUAUUACGUGACAUCAGCAGUUACCACCCUAUCACUGUCUCAAGGACCACUUUCUACUCCUUCAGACUACUUCAGGCCAGCUAUGUAAGUUCCUCGAAGUAUGAACGAAGUGGAGAGGAAGAGGCUCAACCCGACGUCCAGGAGUAUGACUUCAUCCGUGCCCCGGUACUCCUCCAUACUGUAUCGAGCUUCCCUCUGGACAGCCUCAAGAAGACUUCCAAACUGGUUCUUCAAGGACUCAAGCUCUGCGUUGAUGAGCAGGGCCCACUGCGAAACGAAACCAUGACCUCACCUGACUUUUGGGCCAUCUUGCGCAAUCUGGCAUCCGAAAAGACGUCCGCACCCACAGUAUUCGAGAUAUUGGAGACUGGCGUCAGUCCCUCGUCAACAGCUAUCAUGGCGGACAACUACGAAGCGGCCAUCGGCCUGCUCAAUGAUUUCGCAUCUGCUGCGAGUGUCACUGUGCCUAAAGAAUCCAAGAUGGACCCCCGGAGACAGCCCCGAAAACCAGCUCGUCCGAGCUCUGCAAAACCAGAGACUCCAAGUGAAAACCCUACGGUGCAGCGUGGCAUCAAGGCUGUUACCAUCAUCUACAGCAUGACUUCUCGUAUUCCGCAGCUUAUGAAGCAGUCCCACCUGGAGAAUAACGAGGCGUGGUCUGCGUACUGGCUGCCUAUAUUCGAAGCGCUGACAACACAAUGCACGAAUCCUCGCCGAGAAAUCCGCCAACUAGCCUUCAAUUCUCUUCAAAGGGCGCUUUUCUCACCGGAAUUGACGUCGAGUGACCACCGAGAAUGGACAGCAAUCUUCGGUGAGGUCUUGUUCCCGCUGAUCUUGCGGCUGCUCAAGCCCGAGGUCUUCUCAUCGGACCGUGAUGGCAUGAGCGAGACAAGGGUCCAAGCAGCUUCUUUGCUGUGCAAGGUUUUCUUGCAGUACCUGGUACUGCUCUCGGAGUGGGAAGGAAUGUUGGAUUUGUGGCUCAAGAUCAUUGACAUAAUGGACCGCCUCAUGAACAGUGGUCAAGGAGACAGUCUCGAGGAAGCGGUCCCCGAGAACUUGAAGAACGUUCUCUUGUUCAUGUCGAGCAACGGGUAUCUUGUGCCGCCAAGCCAAGACCCAACGAAAGAGGAGCUGUGGUCUGAAUCGUGGAAGCGAAUAGACCGAUUCUUGCCGGACUUGAGGAAGGACCUCGCUCUGGAGGAGCAGGAGCGACCACAAAGUAAAGGCUCAGCUGAGCCUCCUGCGGCAGACUCAAAGCCGGAGGACGAAAAGUCGGCUGUGGAACUUGAGAAGGUAGACAAGGAGGCAUGAAGAUACGAAAGGCAAUCAGAGCAUUAGACAUGGGUGACUGGUGCGUACAUAUUUAUAGACCAAGGGAAUGAUAAUACAGACGGCCGGUAAUCCAGCAAGGGCCACGCGCGAACAUACACCCCCUUCUCAAUAC